UCUUAUUUUUAUUUCGCGAUUUUUGCCCAGCGGUUCAGACGCAGCCAGCCGAAAUAUCAGACAUCAACCAUGAGCUCCAACAAGAUUGCUCUCCUCAGUGUGUCGGACAAGACGGGACUGCUCGAACUGGGCAAGAGUCUGGUGGCCUUGGGCUUUGACCUAGUGGCCAGUGGAGGCACUGCAACAGCCCUGCGAGGAUCCGGCCUGAAGGUGAAGGACGUCUCUGAGAUUACCGGGGCCCCGGAAAUGCUGGGUGGACGUGUGAAGACGCUGCAUCCGGCCGUUCACGCUGGAAUACUGUCCCGCACCAGCGACUCUGAUCUGGCUGACAUGCGCAAACAGGGCUACGAUCUCGUCCAGCUGGUGGUCUGCAAUCUAUAUCCCUUCGCUAGCACCAUAGCCAAACCGGAUGUGACGCUCGCCGAUGCUGUGGAGAACAUCGAUAUUGGUGGCGUGACCCUGCUUCGGGCGGCGGCCAAGAACCACCAACGAGUCACGGUCGUCUGCGAGGCGGUGGACUACGACCGAGUGCUGGCCGAGCUAAAGGCUUCGGGUGACACCACUCUGGAUACGAGACAAGCCCUGGCCCUCAAGGCAUUCACCCACACAGCCAGUUACGACGAUGCCAUCUCGGACUAUUUCCGGAGGCAGUACGGAUCCGGGGUGUCCCAGUUACCCCUGCGCUAUGGAAUGAAUCCCCACCAGAAGCCGGCACAGCUGUACACGCAGCUGGCCAAGCUGCCACUUACCGUGCUUAAUGCUUCUCCAGGAUUUAUCAAUCUGUGCGAUGCUCUUAAUGGCUGGCAGUUGGUGCGGGAACUUAAGCAAGCGUUGCAAUUACCGGCAGCCACCAGCUUUAAGCACGUGUCCCCUGCAGGAGCGGCUGUAGGAGUUCCUCUGAAUCCCGCCCAGGCCAAGCUCUGCAUGGUGGACGACUUGUACGAGCAACUGACGCCUCUGGCUACGGCCUAUGCCCGUGCCCGUGGAGCCGACCGCAUGAGCUCCUUCGGCGACUUUGUGGCCCUGUCCGAUGUGUGCGACGUUGUCACCGCCAGGAUCAUCUCCCGCGAGGUGUCCGAUGGCAUCAUUGCCGCAGGCUACACGCCAGAAGCUUUGGAGAUCUUGAAGAAAAAGAAGAACGGCGGAUACUGCAUCUUGCAGAUGGACCCCAACUAUGAGCCCACUCCGGUGGAGCGCAAGACAAUUUUUGGCCUGACGCUGGAGCAGAAGCGCAACGAUGCCGUUAUUGGCGCCUCGCUCUUUGCCAAUGUGGUAACCAAGCGUGGUCCUCUGCCGGAGGCGGCUGUGCGGGAUCUGAUUGUGGCCACUAUAGCCCUCAAGUACACUCAGAGCAACUCCGUAUGUUAUGCCCGUGAUGGCCAAGUUGUGGGCAUCGGAGCCGGCCAGCAGUCGAGAAUUCACUGCACCCGCCUCGCGGGCGAGAAGGCAGACAACUGGUGGCUCCGUCAGCAUCCCAGCGUGGCCGGCAUGAAGUUCAAGGCGGGCGUAAAGCGGGCUGAGAUCUCGAAUGCGAUUGAUAAUUACGUAAAUGGAACCGUUGGCAAGGAUAUGCCUCUAUCGCAAUUCGAGGGAAUGUUUGAUAAGGCUCCGGCUCAACUGACCACCGAGCAGAAGGUGGAGUGGCUGAAAGAGCUAAGUGGAGUGGCCCUGGGAUCCGAUGCCUUCUUCCCCUUCCGCGACAAUAUCGAUCGCGCUAGCCUGAGUGGUGUCUCCUAUAUUGCCAGUCCUGCUGGCUCCACCAACGAUGCUGGAGUCGUCGCCGCCUGCGAUGAGCAUGGCAUCAUCAUGGCCCACACUAACCUACGUUUGUUCCACCAUUAAAUACUAAUCACUUUUAUUAAGCUUUUGGAUUCCAUAAAAUUCAAAUUUAAAUCUGCUCAGAAGUCGAAUAUAUAUUUCAAAUAUUAUAUGAGCCAAUCAAUGGUCUUUUAGACAUUUAAAAAAGACUAUCAAACGCAAAAUUUACUUUUUAUACAAACUAUUUUUGAUAACCUAUUUAGUGCCUUAAGAAAUUUUAUAGAUAUACAAAACUUUGUUAAACAAACCCCAAGAAACUGCCCUUUAUUCAUUCCAAGCACAAUAAAAAUGACUUGCCUUUAGUUAGUUAAACGAA